AUGAUGAAAGCACUAUUUUUCCUUGCAGUCAUUGCAGGGUGUUAUGCUGGUCCGUCAAACAUCGUGCGACCGUGUCAAUUCUCACACACCCAUUGCCUUCGCCAGAACUUCCAGUCGAAUUCUCGAUGCAAUCCCAACGUCCGUGGUUCGAUUCCUUUCGAAUACACUAUCCCUGUAUUCCCCUUUCACACGCCAUACUUCAACGCGACUUAUAUUGACAGGAACUUGAAAAUUCGUAAUCAAAACAGAUGCUCUGUAUCUGAAUUUUUCUACAACGUCCAAUCAGAUGUCCUCGUAUUUGCUAUCGAUUGUCCCAUGCUGGAGUUUGAGUCGACCAGAACUCUUAUACAACAUUUCUCUUUACGCGAAGACACUUAUUUUGACUACAAAUAUCAGGGAACGUACCCUCUCAUUCGUCUAACAAUGAACCUGCCUCACGCAAACGCGAUGGAUGUGUGUUCUGCGUACACAUUUGCUGACGUGACAGCGCUGCCCAUCUUCAAAAUUAAUCCUAAUGAUGUUAAGACUGCAAACUUCUUAUCCAGAGAUUUGACACUACUGAACAUAUACGAACGAGAAACAUUCCACUACAGGGCGAAACGUCUAAUGCUUAACUACAUUAACUCGUAUAUUUGUGAUUUUGGGUGUUAA